UGUUGUAUUCAUCAGUCUGUUUGAACUUUAUAAAUUGUAAACGUUCCCCUGGCAAAAAAUAGAGAAAGUGUACUUUCAUUUCGUUGACGCUACAUCCUUUAGUGAUAAACCUGUGGUUUAAAUGGCUCAGAUAACUGGUAGCAGUGACUGCGGCCAAGCCAUCUGCUCUAAACCACAGGUCAUGAAGAAAACUCUCUGUUUGGAGACACGAUCACACGAACUUCACCAGCAACUGGAGGUGUAACGAAACUGACCUAUAUAGCUCCCUGUCUUUGCCUGCCUUAGAUUUUUUAUUUUAUUUAAUUUUUUUGUUAUUUGAGGGGACGAGUUAUCGUUAAACAGACAAAAAUACGGCUCCUGUGCGGCGUGAAUGAUUUCCGUUGUGCGUGAGACGAGCAAUCCUCACAUGAGAGAGCAGCUUCCUCUUCUCUGAGUGGACUCCUUCCUCCUCCUUUGCCUCCUCCUCCUCCUCCUCCUGGCACUAACAAACCUUAACAACACUGACGAUCCUGCCGGCGGACAGUCGUACCUCUGAGCCUUUUACCUCUGAAUUCCAGCAUCUUGUUUUUUUUUUUUGUUUUUUUGUUUUUUUUUUCGAGAGUCUGCCCGGGCGGUUUCAAAGAGAGCAGAAGGACGGCUAGCCCUCAGCCCCUCGUUUCCUUCUCGACCACAAACAAACAAUAAGAUGUCGGACGCUCUCUGUAUUGUGGGUUCUCUCUUUGGAUCAGGAGCAGGGCAGCAAGACUGUGGCCCCUGUUACCUGAUAAACGUGGGGUCCGUAGUGGCCAUCAUUGCCUCUGAUAUCGUCUUGACCAUCUUCAUUGCUAUUUCUGUGUUCUGCUUUGCAACUCACCACAGGAGAAGAAGGGAUCCUCACGAAGGCAAAAGAAGUUCACAGUCCGUUUCGAAGAAAGGGGCAGCCGAGGUCACAGAAUCUCCUUACCAGGAGUUACAUGGAGUCCAGUCAGACGUGUACAGUGAGCUUCAGCACUUUAGGAAAUGAAAUCAUAAAUCAGAAGAAAUGCCAAAAAUGUCUUGUCUGUGAUCAAUUCUUGAAGGUAUAACCAGAAAAUAUCCAACAACCCUCUGCGCACAUGUCUUUUUAUAUAGUGAUUUACAUUUUAUCCACUGAGUAAUGUGCCGCGUGACGUUUUCUGCAUCACAUGUUUUGUUCUUUUUCCGUUUGUUCAUUUUUUGUGUAAGAUGUUUUAAACUGUAUAUAUAUAUA